UAGUUUAUCCUGUUUCAAGAAGCCUACCUUCAGUCAAGUUCAAGCAGCAGUCGGAUUCUGUUGAGUGGAGUUUGCACCGGUAGUUUCUAAUAUUUUAAAAUUUCAAGUGUAAUUUGCAAUGUAUUUUUUACAAAAUAACAUAUACUCACGAUGGCUUUUACAAUUUUUAUAAUUAAUUAAUAUUCAUUGUCGUUUUCCAUAAUUGAAAUUACACAUUAAUUACAGCGUACGAUGUCUUCGAUAAAGGAUGAUACGAUAAUUGUAAACUCGCAACUGAGACACUCUGUGUCCACUCUUUGGUUCUUCCUCACCUUCGAAUUUUUAAUUAGCACAUUUCUAAGUAUUUUCCUGGCCAUUCUCACGUUCAUAAAAUCUUUAUUGCCGAAACCACCGAGAGAUUUAACAGGGGACAUAAUUUUGAUUGUCGGCGUUUCUUCCUCAUUAGGCGAGUCUUUGGCGAGUGAAUUUUUAAAAAACGGGUGUUCCGUGAUUUGUGUGGACAAAGAUUCGAAAACGAUCGAGGAAACCGUAUCCAGAUUGAAGGAACGACAUUUGAUCGUGGAGGCGAGGCAGAGGAGGGACGAUUUGUCGAGAUGUGGAUCGAUGAUAUUCACAUACGAGUGUGAUUUCUUGGAUAAAGAUGCGAUUAGAGGGACGGUUCAAAAAGUGAAAAAAGAUAUUGGAAGGAUCGACGUUCUGAUUACUUGUAUCAACGAAUCGAACGAGAAUAUCUUCGACGCGAGCAACAAGACAUUAAUGGCUCAUUUCUGGACAGUUUUGACAUUCCUUCCAAUGAUGUUGUAUCAAAAACGAGGUCAUAUAAUUGGUGUUACUCCGAUCGCAUUGAACAACGACGCUUAUCAUAGCUCGAGAACGGCUAUAAUGUAUUUUAUAGAAAGUAUGCGUCAAGAAUUGUGCGAGCACAGCAGCUAUUUAACAUUUUUGGCAUAUUCUCCGAUUGCAAAAUCCAGCUCGUUGAAGCAAAGCGAAGAAGAAGUAAGCAAGAACAUAGUGAGAGCGGUGAAGACUGAUCAGUAUAAUGUGAGCUGGACGUUCAAACUACUCUAUCAAAUAGGUUGCAUAAUCUACAAUGGAAUAACGUUGCUCACAAACUGGAUCGACUUUAACAGAUGCGAUUAUUCCACGUGAAAAAACGAGUUUUCCCUCAUCCUUCUCGAUUAGUAGAAUCAAAGAUUGAUCUAUGAAGAUGGUCUAUGAACGACGAUAUAAAACACAUCCUAAAAAAAUUCACUUAAAAAUUUGUUUCACUUCGACGAAAAAAUAGCUAAAGUAUGUAUUCCGUGCGAAACAAAAUUUUAUUCCAUAACUGUUCAUAUGUUCUUAUUUUAAAUAUAAUUUAAAAGUCGACACAAAAAAAGGACGAAAAGUUUAAAGAGUCAUCAUUAACAUAAUUACAAGAUAUGCAAAUCUCGAUACGAAAAUAUAUAUAAAUUGUAUCUAUUAAAAA